AAAAAUGGUUUAUUUCCGUCUCAUCUGAGCCCACAAACACGUUUGUACCGCGGAAAGACCCUUUUUAUCCGUUGUUUAUUCGAGGCCUAGCAGGGGCGCCGCGCAACGAUGUGGAUCCAGAUUCGCACGAUAGACGGGAAGGAGACGCGAACCGUUGAGGAUCUUUCUAGACUGACCAAAAUUGAGUCUUUACGGUUGAAAAUACAGGACAUCUUCAACGUGAGCCCCCAGCAGCAGCGCCUCUUCUACCGAGGGAAGCAGAUGGAAGAUGGUCUGACACUUUUUGACUACAACGUGGGUCUCAAUGACAUUGUCCAGCUGCUGAUUCGGUCUCAGACCGACCCCCCGGACAGCCCCGCCACCAGGGACUCCUCAGGUGUUGCCAGUAGCUCAGCUCCUCUACCUGACUCAAAGUCUGAAAACCUCCGGGCUCCGGUCUCCUCCGCAAAUGUGGAAACCUCGUCCGGCAUGGACAUUAAGAAGGAAAGCAGCCGCGUCACUGUAAAUGAAACUAAGCCAGACACCGUCGCUACUAGUACCAAAAAUGGGUUCAGGUCCUCCAGUCCAGCACAGGACACUCAGCCGCCAACAUCCAGCAGGAGCAUAUUAAUCAGCCCAGGGAUUGGUUUGUAUAAGAUUAACGAGCUGGUGGACUGCAGAGACAUAAGCAUUGGAGCCUGGUUUGAGGCCUGCAUUGAAAAUGUGACACUCUCGCCCAAAGGACAGAUAACACCCACCAAAGGAAAGGUGGGUCGGCCCCCAAAAAGGACUAAUGGGAAGCUGGAGGCUGAACAGGCACAGGCCCACGGACAGGGCCCAACCACGGACAGUAACAGGAAUAACCCUGUGUUAAACUCUGAAAGUAACGGAGCCUCCACCUCUCAGACAGACUCUACCACAGAAACCAAGGAGAAAGAAGAGGACGUAGCUUACCACAUUAAAUAUGAAGACUACCCAGAGAAUGGUGUAGUGGAGAUGCGAUCAGUAGACGUAAGGCCCCGUGCCAGGACCCUGCUGCGGUGGGACCAGCUCCAGGUGGGCCUGCAAGUGAUGGUCAACUACAACAUGGAGACCCCAGAUGAGAGAGGCUUCUGGUACGAUGCAGAGAUAGUGGCCAUAAAUCAAACGUCUCGCACCAAUAAGGAGCUUCGAGUCAAUAUUCUCCUGGGGGGCCCCGAAGAUGUAAUCGGAGAUUGUAAGAUUCAGUUUUUAGAUGAAAUCUACCAGGUGGAGAAGCCAGGAGCUCGUCCCCUCUCAAGCGCAGACGGACAGUUUAAACGGAAGAGUGGACCCGAGUGCAAGCACUGCAAGGCCGACCCUGAGGCAGAGUGUCGAUUCUGCUCCUGCUGCGUGUGCGGCGGGAAGCAGGACGCUCACAUGCAGCUGCUGUGUGAUGAGUGCAACAUGGCGUUCCACAUUUACUGUCUCAACCCACCGCUGGCCACCAUCCCAGAUGACGAGGACUGGUACUGCCCAACCUGUAAAAAUGACACCAGUGAGGUCGUCAAGGCAGGUGAGAAGCUCAAAGCCAGCAAGAAGAAAGCCAAAAUGCCUUCGGCUACCACUGAGAGUCAACGAGACUGGGGAAAGGGUAUGGCCUGCGUGGGGCGCACUAAAGAAUGCACAAUUGUUCCCUCAAAUCAUUAUGGACCUAUUCCUGGCAUUCCUGUGGGAACCACCUGGAAAUUCAGAGUGCAGGUGAGUGAGGCAGGCGUUCACAGGCCGCACGUCGGAGGCAUCCACGGGCGCAGCAAUGACGGCUCCUAUUCGCUGGUGUUAGCCGGAGGCUUUGAGGACGAAGUGGACCGGGGAGAUGAAUUCACCUACACAGGCAGUGGGGGUCGUGACCUCUCAGGAAACAAACGGAUUGGAGAGCACUGUUUUGACCAAACGCUGACUCACAUGAAUAGGGCAUUGGCCUUAAACUGUGAUGCACCCCUGAACGAUAAAGAUGGAGCCGAGUCCAGAAACUGGCGGGCAGGAAAACCAGUGAGAGUGGUACGCAGCUCUAAAGGUAGACGCAUCAGCAAAUAUGCUCCAGAAGAAGGAAACCGCUACGAUGGUAUUUACAAGGUAGUAAAGUACUGGCCGGAGAUCGGAAAGUGUGGUUAUUUGGUGUGGAGGUACCUGCUGAGACGAGACGAUCUGGAGCCAGCACCGUGGACCACUGAAGGACUGGACCGGAUAAAGAAACUGGGCCUUUUAGUUCAGUACCCACCAGGCUAUUUGGCAGCAAUGGCCAACAAAACAAAGAAGGAGGCCUGCGCUAGACCUGGUCGUGGCGGUCGCAGUAAGCACUAUCCUGGAAGGGGGAGGCCACGGAGGCGAAAGAUUAAAACGAAAGAGGAGGAGGAGGCGAAGGAGGAGGAGGAGCAGGUGGAGGAGGAGGAGGGGGGCGAGCCUCCAGAAGCCCAGAUGAAAGAGGACGCACCACAAAGUAAUGGAGAGCAGAAGACAACCGGAGAAACUGAAUUGCAACCAGAGACCGAGCCUCCACCUAAACGUGUCAAGAUAGAGGAGACCUUUCAGCUGACCGAGCAGCAACAGCAGCUGAUCCAAGAUGACACAGCCAAUAAGAAGCUCUGGGAUGAAGCCAUGGAGCACCUUAAGGAAGGACCGAAUUUCCUGCGAAAGCUGGAGCAGAUCUUCAUGUGUGUCUGCUGCCAGGAGCUGGCCUUCCAGCCUAUCACCACCGUCUGCGCACACAACGUCUGCAAGACUUGUCUGCAGCGGUCAUUUCGGGCAGCGGUGUACACCUGCCCCGCCUGCCGCCACGACCUAGGCAAGGACUAUGCCAUGAACCAAAACAAGAAGCUUCAGAUUCUGCUCGACCAGUUCUUUCCCGGCUACAGCAAGGGCCGAUGAGGCCUAAUUUACAUGUAUGAGUAGAAUACAUGCACAUAAGCAUCCAUUCUGUGCAACCUCGUAUACUGUCAAGUACUUAGAGCUCCACUUUGAAAUGCAUUGCACUCACAUAAUGUACGUACCCACGGGCAAAUGUAUUUUGCAUUUACAGCCAUUUAUGUAUACAAUCAUCUACACACAAUCCACCUCAGUUAGAGACCGACGUCAUCUACUGAACUUGGACCGUCUCCAUUUACAUCACCAGACUAAAAUCCAAACUAAGGACAUUUCCUCACCUUGCCACUCCAGCCACAAGAAGUGGGCACAAAAACAAAUGCACAAAAAGCCCCCUUACCUUACCCCUUACGUCUCAAGAUCUUUUCUCCCUUGCAGUUUUUUUUCCUUCCACUACGUUGCCCGCUGGCUGUUAAUUGACACGCAGUACAUUGUUGGGGUGCAAAUUCAUUCUUGAAAGCAACAUUUAAAUUCCUGCCAACCUGCAUUUUACGUACUGUACCAUGUAUGCAGUUUUACACAAACAUGCAGAGGUCAUUUAAAAUAUUCUCUUACUUGCCAUGUGGCAGUUUAUGGUGCUAGAAAAGGGUACAUUUGAGUGAGAGAUUCUCAAAGUAAGGGGUUUUACACACUAUUUUGUAAAAAUGAAGCACUAUAUUAGUGACUCGUGCUAUACGCUUGUUUCUAGAGUAGUCUGGUUCUGGUCCAUUUUCCUGCAUCGUGUCUGGUGCACAUGUCACUUGAAACCGUCUAAUUUCUUUCUAUUGAGCUAACGGGAAUAAAUAACGCUUCACCUAGGUCAGAAGGGGAAGAAAAUGGAAAUUAGCUGUUUCGAUUUUUUUGUGUCUUUUUAGGUUCAACAUGAAGCUAGAGGAAGCACUUACUUAAACUAAACUUAAAGGUAAAGGGGUGAUUUGUGGGAAAAGUGUUAGGGGUAAAAAUCUAUGCUGAAUAAAAUCCACCAGACAUUUCUUGAACAUCAGAAGAGUGUACUUUGGUUUUUCUCCUUAUUUACCACACAAAUGCUUUAAUGAAUGUUGUUUGCAGUGAUGUCUGAAAGGCGAGACUGUGUUUGUCCUUGAUGUUACCAGGUUACCACAUUCAAGCAAGAGUUUUUUCAAAGAUAUUUUGAUCAAAAUGUUCUCAGCAAAUAUUUAUCUGCUAUUCUUCUGCUUGUUGCAGUAAAUGUUCACUGGUGAGCUUUUAGUAUCUGAAAAGUAGCCCAACAAGUAGUCGCAUAGCCAUGUUUGGAUAUGUUUGUCACAUUCCAGCCAGAAAAUGGUGUCUCAGAUUGUGGGAACUGAGAUUUAUACAACGGCAGCACACUUCUACUCCCCGACAGGGUCAGACACCUUCGUGACGGGCGCUAAUACCUGAAAGAAAGUAAAAUGGAUUAGUGUUGUAAGCUUUGUCACCAUUAGGCAUGGUUACCGGUAUGAAGGUAUAACGGUUUUAAAAUCAGGUGGUUUCAAAAGUGUUAGUUUUCCAUUGUGCUGUAGCUUCACGCUCCUCCCCUUACACCUGUUGCAGCACACUGCCUGAUAGCUGGCUGAAAGAAGGCUCAUAAACAUUUCCCUGUCUUACAGGAAGACAAAUUUGGUCGUUUGAAAAUAUUUGCAUCUGUUUGGCAACUGACUGCAGGCUAGCUAUCCCAGCAGAAAGCCUUACUAAUUAACUUGAUAACAUAAGCCUCUUCUACUUCUAUUACUCUGCAAAAAAACAAAGAAAAGUAUAAUUUCAUGCAAAAUAAGUUUGAAAGGUUUUUAAGAUGUUUUUAAGUAAUGUGUUAGCGUUUUGUGUAAACAUUGUAAAACUGGUACUUUUACUUAAGUUCAUCAUAUAGUGAGAUUUUCAUCAGUACAUGCUUAGUCGAUAUUUGAAAAAAUAACACUUAGUUGCUCUUUGGUUUUAAUUCCAUGUAAAAUAAUUUUUGCCUUCGGUUAUGCAGCGUAGCGCAUGAGGUCUUUUCUAUUUUUCGUUUUUGUUUUCUUUCUUCUGUGCCAGUUAAUGGUCUGCUAAAUUGCAAACCCAAAGGUCAAACAGAAUAUGCUUCAGGUCGGUAUAUGAUUCUUAUUGUAUGAUAGCCUACAGUAAAAACACCAUAGUUCAUAUUCACACAAAAAUAAUAAACAAAUAUUUAUAAAAUUACCUAAUUUCUUCUUUUUGAAACUGAAAAGCGACAAUUAUUCCUAUUGCUAUGGAAAUAAUUCAACAUGAUUAAUAGAGUUAUAAUAUUAUCUAUAACAUAGACUUUGAGCAAAAAUAGAACAUGAACACUCGCAAAUUUAAGUAUAAAAAACCAUGUUAGCUGGGUAUUUACCCGAGCUAUCUACACAGGAAGCUAGCCUGCAGUUGCUUAGCUGACAUGUGCUUCCAAGCUGCCAAAUGUCAUUUUAAAAGAACACCAUCUGCGUUACUUAGUUUUCACAACAAGUAGCCUCAUUACAGCCAGCUGGCAUCUAGUGCACAGCAACAGCUAGGGAAGGUGCUUUAUACAGCUGCAAUGAAGUCUGGUCACCCUAACGCGUUCUCCGGGAUUUACUCUCAACGAGAAAAUCCGGCACAUGCCUAAGCUGUUCUUUCUUAAAUAUACCAGUAUAAACCUAUAACGGGUGCAUACUGUAGGUAUAGUAGGUUUUAAGCAAAGAGUGAACAACAGGGCUCUUAAAAUUUAGGCAAAAGAGAAGUGGUAAUCUGGGUGUGUCAUACCAAAGAGGGCAAGAGGUUCUCCAUAAAAGCACAGAAUGAGAAAAAUCCCAAAAUAGAUCUGCAAACCUCUAAAUGGACAUUAUACAGACCAAAGUGUGUCUGAAAAUGAGCCAAUCAUAAAGGCAGCUCUACUGCCUCAAGCAUCAUUUAACAUACUGAUGUUAGUAGCUACAUGCUAACAGAGUCAAGUGCAAGACUGGGUAUGUUCUGACUAAAAACAAUACCUGUGACAAAGCAAAAAAUCCUCGGCGGCUGGUUAUUUCAUUAAAUCAUACACUUUUUGCUCAUAUUAAAGAAAGGAUGGUGCAUUAGAAAAAGGCAUUCGUAAUAUAUAUAUUGAUCAAAUAUCACAAUGGUAUCAAAACUAUUAUUGGUUUAAAAACAUAAUAAGAGGGGAAAUGAAUUUCUUUCUUUGUUCUGCUUGUGUACAAUUAAUAAGGAUCUAUAACUAGAAGAUUUAUUUUAUAUUUUUUUGUGUACACGGGGUCACAGAAGUAUGUGUAGCCCCAAAAUAAUAACCUUGGAUCAACCGGUGUGACCAUUAUGUCCACUGAAAGAUUCCCACAUUUUUUAAAAAUGGGAAUAACCAAAGCUAAAACCAUGUCAGAAAUUAAGCAUUUAUUAUUAUGGGUGAAAAAAAACAUUUUUUGUAUUUAACUUGUUAAAACCAGAAAACUAAAAGAAAUUAAAAAUGAAUAAUUAAUUAUUAGCUAAUUUUAAUUGCUAUAAAUGGAUAUUGUAAAGAUCUUGAAGAAGAUUCUCACUGUUUUUCAUUCUUUUGAUCCUUUUAAGUCACAUUGACUUAGAUCUUUUCCAAAGUUUUAUAACCCAAAGCUUUUAGUGGUCAUGUAACUCUUACAUGUUCAAAAUAUGGUCCAUCUUCAUCUUUGUCUACUAUUUCGAGCUAUCAGAGAUCACUAAAUAUGUUUUCUUUUAUACAUUAGCAUAUAUAAAUGCAAGCUGAUCUUCUGUAGUGACUGAGACAGAUUUGCACCUGCUGGUAUGGUACUUCAAAAUGACCCAGGUUGGCAGGUUUAAUGGGAACCAAAAUAAAUGCGAUGGAGAGCAUAGGUGGCGUUUUCUGCGCUGAUCUAUAACGUUGCCAGAGGUCACAUGCAGUGCCGAAGUUCAGAUAAUGUAUCGGAUUAGUUUUGUUUGGGUGUGGGGGGAAGAGAAAAUGUAGCCCAUUUUCAACAGCAAGCUCACCAGCCUUCGUGGCAAAGCCAGGUUAUGUGUGAGGCUGACUUUAUGACACUUUUGUUCAGUAAGCCUUUCAGACUCACGUUUCUGUUCAUAUGCAACUCAGCGACCACAGUCGUUCAUCUGCAGGCUGUUUGUGGUGAUGUCCUUGUUUCUGUUCAGUCAUUCAGGAUUUUUUUUUUUUUUUAAUCAGUAACAUGCAAGUACAAAUUCUACUACAGUCUUUAAAGCUAAAUGUGAUGUGCAUUAUCUUGUUGAGAUUAUUUUAUUUCCUGCAUUGGCUGAUAAGCUAGCAGCCCUGCUCUCUCUCUGUUGUGACCUUUGCUCCUUUGCUCCUCUCUUUUUCUGCUCUCCGUGAACCUAUAGUACUAACUUCUAGACGUCUUGUGGACGCUUGGCUUCAGUGCUGUGUUGUUUUAUUUUUUUAUUGCACUCUACUGAAAAUUUGAGCAAUCCCAUUAGGUUUUCCUAGAAUGCUUAUUGUUAUCUCUGUCCGUACUCCAAUUUUCUACUGAUUUUUUUAGUUGCUAACGUUUUGUUUUAAUCAUUAGUCAGUUUUAUGUUGGCAGACUCAAACAUCUGCAGCACAUGCCAGUUUGGAAAGUUUCAUUGCUUCAUAUUGUGAUCUGAAAUUUUAUACAUGUCAUAAUAAUACUUGAUAUGUACCAAUUAAACAUUUGGAUUCAAGAAAAA